UUCGACCUGGACCUUGAAGCUCAGCUGCAGCCGUCUGUGGUUGGUGUUGGAGCAGCAGUAGGCGGAGUCAAUGACAGCCAGGACGUCUCCUUCAGCCACACCCCUAAAGGUAUGCAGCACCUGCAGGACUCAGAUUCUGAGCUGGACAUGGUGACCCGAACAGUCUGGCCUCAGGACGAGUACAUUGUAGAAUAUUCUCUGGAGUAUGGCUUCCUGCGUCUGUCUCAGAGCACCAGACAGAGACUCAACAUCCCGGUCAUGGUCGUGACUCUGGAUCCCAUGAAGGAUGAAUGUUUUGGUGAUGGCUUCAGUCGAUUUCUACUUGAUGAGUUUCUGGGCUACGACGACAUCCUGAUGUCGAGUGUGAAGGCGCUGGCUGAGAACGAGGAGAACAAAGGGUUCCUGAGGAACGUGGUGUCAGGAGAACAUUACCGCUUUGUCAGCAUGUGGAUGGCCAGAACUUCGUACCUGGCUGCCUUCGUCAUCAUGGUCAUAUUUACUCUCUCCGUGUCCAUGCUGCUCAGAUACUCCCACCAUCAGAUCUUCGUUUUUAUCGUGGAUCUUCUGCAAAUGUUGGAGAUGAACAUGACCAUCGCCUUCCCAGCAGCUCCUUUGCUCACUGUCAUCCUAGCCCUUGUUGGUAUGGAGGCCAUAAUGUCAGAGUUCUUCAAUGACACGACGACAGCCUUCUACAUCAUCCUUAUCGUAUGGCUGGCCGAUCAGUACGACGCCAUCUGCUGCCACACCAACACAAGCAAACGCCACUGGCUGCGGUUCUUCUACUUGUACCACUUUGCCUUUUAUGCGUACCACUACCGCUUCAAUGGUCAGUACAGCAGUCUGGCUCUGGUCACAUCCUGGCUCUUCGUUCAGCACUCCAUGAUUUACUUCUUCCACCACUACGAGCUUCCUGCCAUCCUGCAGCAGAUCCGCAUCCAGGAGAUGCUGCUGCAGAACCAGCAGGCGGGUCAGAACCAGACGGCCCUGCAGGACAACCUGAACAACAACAACAGUGCUACUGCUAAUCCAGGACCUACUGCUGCCGGCCAAUCAGCAGCUGCCAGCACAGACGCACCAGCACCGCAGGCCCCACCCCUUCCAUCAUCGUCGGCAGGAGGAGCCGGGGAGGAGAGGGCGGAGCUUAACUGGGUCGCUCAGACGGCUGCCAUCAUCACCGAGGCUCUGAGCUCCUCUGUGGAUCCGGGAAGAGCUGGAGGUCAGGGGCCGGAUGGAGGUCAGGGGCCAGCUGGAGGUCAGGGGCCGGGGCCGGAUGGAGGUCAAGGGCCAGCUGGAGGUCAGGGGCCAGGGCCGGAUGGAGGUCAAGGGCCAGCUGGAGGUCAGGGGCCAGGGCCGGAUGGAGGUCAAGGGCCAGCUGGAGGUCAGGGGCCGGCCGGAGGUCAGGGGCCAGCUGGAGCAGAGGUGAACAUGGAGCUCUGUGUGGGAGGCGCCGCAGGAGAAGUUCUGAAUGAAGCGGCUGGAGGUGGACCCAAGACUCAGCUCACACUCGCCAAGGAGRCGAAGCCCCCGGGCGAGGUGGAGCUGAACCAGGCGGGGCUUCUCAAAAAGGCGGAGCUAUGUGAGGAGGCGGAGCUCUCAGACACAUCUGCCCCUGACACGGAAAGCCCCGCCCCCCAGAGAGCCCAUACAGACUGUGAGUGCAGAACCCACCUGAGCUCAUCCUGAACAUCCAGCUGUGCUCCUGAUGACAUCAUCAUCUCCCAUGAUGCAGUGCUUCAGUUUAUCAACUAAUCCUUCUGAUUCAUUCGGUUUUACUAAGCAGGUGUUUCCUCACCUGAGUGGUCACUGCAGCAGGUUCUGUUUGGCUCUGACCCAACAGAGCCUAAACUCAGCUCCAAACCGAGCCAGAACCAAACUCUGUCAUUGAUCAGUCCAGUAGUUCUUUUGAUGCCAACAGUUACGUGAUUGGAUUAAUAACUUCACCAAUAACUGAUCAGCACCUGACCAGUGAUGAUCAAAAACAUUUUAUUUUUAUAGGAAACAGGAAGGAAAGCUUGUUGUCAUCAAUCAGCUGAUGGAUCAAYGAUUCUGAACCAGGAACUAUUGAUCUGAGUUCAGGCUGAUCAAUAAAGUGACUGAUGGAUGGACUCAAA